AUGACCAUCCCGCAGAGCCCCGUGGUGAAGACGAAGGAGGGGUGCUUCACGAGGGACGAGACGCCCGAAGUGUACAGCCGGCAAACGACCAUCUCGCACUGGCAGCUGCGCGACCUGGUGACGUGCGCGGAGGACGGGUGCAUCUACACCGUCCACAGGUCCACCGUGAUCAAGUUCGACCCCUUCGCGCUCAAGUCGACGACCGUGCAGUCGCUUGAUUUUCAACCGACCUCCAUGUGCUACAAGGACGGUUAUAUCGCGACCGGCGGGCAGCAAGGACAACUACGCGUCGCGAAGAUCCAGCCGAACGGCAGUGCGACGGAGGUCCACCGCGGCGACGUCUCGACCAGCGUGAACAACGCGCUGCACAUCGCCCCGCGACCAGACGGCAGGGUGCAGCUCUUCGUGUGCAACAACGACCAGUCCGUGCGGAUGUACGACCUGCCGACGAUGGAGCAGACGGCGCAGCUGCGGUUCGACACCGCGAUGAACUACUGCUCCGUGUCGCCCGACGGCACCGAGAUGCUGUGCGUGGGCGACAACAACCAGAUGAUGAUCUACCACGCCCGCGAGUCCGACUGGCACAAAACGCACACCUUCCAGGAGUUCCGCGACGCCGGCAUGGCCUGCGCGUGGAACCCGUCGGGCACCCUCAUCUCCGCCGUCAGCCAGGACGGCCGGUGCUGCGUGUGGGACGCCCACUCGCACCGCCUGCUGGCGCGCUACCGCACUGAGGGCGCCUGCCGCGACGUCAAGUUCUCGAGCGGGCCGAUGGACCUGCUGGCCUUCUCCGAGCACACGACGCGGUGCCACCUCGUGGACGCCAGGAUGCUGACGCGGAAGCAGGUCCUGUACUUGGACGACGACGACACCGGGGAGCCGAACAUCUCGGGCAUCUCGUUCACGCCGGGGGGCGAGCGGUUGUUUGUUGGCACUGAGCACAGCCUCGCCGCGUUCUCCAUAGACACUGUGCGCCGCCGCACGCUGGGCAACGGCGGCCUCGUGUGA